AUGUCCGAAGAGGAACAGAAACUUCGCAUUGACACUGCCUGUAAGGCAGCUGAAGAAUUUACAAAAUUAUAUUUUGAAAGUUUCGAUACAAAAAGAAGUGUAAUGAAUAAAUUUUAUAUGAACGAUGCUACUUUUUCUUGGGAUGGAAAUCCAGCUAUCGGAAAAGAUGCUAUUCAAAAAUUUUUAGAUGAUCUUCCUCAAUUUACUCAUAGUUUGACUGCCCUAGAUGCCCAACCAGUUUUUUUCGAAAGAAUUAACGGUCAAGAAGCCGUUUUAGUGCAAGCUGCAGGAUAUAUAACAUUUGACAAAGAAAAAGAUACCAAAGGAUUUGCUCAAUCUUUUUUAAUAACAGCUCAAAAUAAUGUUUGGAAAAUAGUUAAUGAUUCCUGUAGGCUGCAGGUUCCUAUUAAUCAAAAGCCAAAAAGUUAA